UGGUGGCUCUGGACGACGUGGCCGAGGCCGAGCCCGCGGUGGCCGAAGCCGCCUGCGACAACACCCGGCGCUACCGGAGCCUCUUCAUGGAGGCCGUGCAGGAGCUGCUGCCCCUCUACCGGGACCAGGAGGUGCCCCCGCGGGACGUGCUGGACGUGUACCUGGAGCACCGGGUGCUGCUGGAGCAGCGGGGCCGGGCCAAGGGGGAGCCCCGGGACCCCCAGAACCAGUAUCCCCCCGAGCUGCUGCGACGCUUCGAGCUCUACUUCCAGCCCCCUUCCACCUCCAAGCCCCUUGUCAUCCGGGAUGUCAAGGCCGACUCCAUUGGGAAGCUGGUGACCGUGGCCGGCAUCGUCACCCGCGUCACCGAGGUCAAGCCCAUGAUGGUGGUGGCCACCUACACGUGCGACCAAUGCGGCGCCGAGACCUACCAACCCAUCCAAGCUCCCACCUUCACGCCGCUGCUGCUGUGUCCGAGCCGGGAAUGUCGCAUGGAACGUGCUGGUGGACGCCUCUACCUCCAGACGCGGGGCUCCAAGUUCAUCAAGUACCAGGAGCUCAAGAUGCAGGAACACACGGACCAGGUCCCCGUGGGCCACCUUCCCCGCUCCAUCACGGUGGCCGUCCAUGGGGACAACACGCGCCUGGCCCAGCCUGGAGACCACGUCAGCGUCACCGGUGUCUUCCUCCCGCUCCUCAAGAGUGGCUUCCGCCAAGUGGCCCAGGGUUUGCUCUCCGAGACCUACCUUGAAGCCCACCACAUAGUGAAGAUGAACAAGAGUGAAGAGGAUGAGUUGGGUGCUGGGGACCUGACCGAGGAGGAGCUUCAGCAGAUCACACAAGAGGACUUCUAUGAGAAGCUGGCGGCGUCCAUCGCCCCGGAGAUCUAUGGGCAUGAGGAUGUGAAGAAGGCUUUGCUGCUGCUGCUGGUGGGGGGCGUGGAGAGGAACCCCCAUGGCAUGAAGAUACGGG